AUGGACGAUGACUUGGUGCUCAACGUCGACGUGGGACACGACACUGCCAACACUGCCAGGUCAUCCCACGCAAGAAAGGGUGGUCGCUGGACAGAUCGAUUGAAAGCAAAACGAGUGUCGAAGCGGAAAAUACGGCCGUCCGAUAACGAUGUAGACGAGACACCGGCACAUGCGGUCGAAUCACGACCUGCGAAGCGUCCCCGACAUAUUCCAGAAUCUCAAAAAGAAAUCCGAAAGGACUCGGUACCGUCGAAAUCGACUUCGACGCAGUCGCGUGCCCCUGCCCAGUUCAUAUCUUCCUUGUUCACCUCAAACCCUAAAGUCGAAGCACCAGUUGCCGGUGGACCCAAAGGGAAGCAGACUGCAGCACCCAGCAAUGCUCCCCUGGCCGAUUCUUCUACAUUUGCUGGCCUCGGACUCGACCCUCUCCUCGUUACCCAUCUUUCCUCCAAGAUGAACAUAUUGAAGCCAACUUCAAUUCAAAAGGCUGCUUUGCCCCCCUUCUUGCUUCCCUCUCCUGAAAACGUAGAUCGAGAUGUAUUUAUACAGUCUCAAACUGGUUCCGGAAAAACACUAUCCUUCCUCCUUCCCAUUCUGCAGGAUCUGCUGCCACUGAGCACAAAUUCAUAUAUUGACCGAUCAAUUGGAACCCUUGCCAUCAUCAUUGCACCUACCCGUGAACUGGCGAAGCAGAUUCAUGACGUCCUCGAAGCCCUCUUGAAAUUGCGCCUACGACCUGAGGAGGAGUCGGCAGCUGACUCUACCCCAUCAUCAGCAAGACUGACUCGCUGGCUCGUUUCUGGACUUCUAACCGGCGGUGCUACUCGCACACAUGAGAAAGCUCGAAUACGCAAAGGGCUACCGAUUGUAGUCGCUACGCCUGGCAGGCUCUUGGAUCACCUACAAAAUACCUCAACUUUCAACGUAGAGAAAUGUCGAUGGCUUGUUCUCGAUGAAGCAGAUCGUCUCAUGGACUUAGGGUUCGAGGAGACUAUCACGGGCAUUGUUCGAGGGUUGGAUGGCCGUAGGAAUCUGGCGAAGCAGGCAGUGGAGGAAGGUAAGAGUACGGAAGUCGGAGGGUGGGAUUGGAGUCGACAGAGAAGGACCGUACUUUGUUCAGCGACCAUCCGUGAAGACGUUCAAAAACUGGCGGGCACAACAUUGACGAGACCUAUCGUAAUAAAGGCAACGGAGGCGGAUAUGCCUGUAGAAGGCGCUCUCGACGCCGUUGGUGCCGUUCCUACGACCGAGAAGUUCACUCCUCCAUCACAGCUGUCGCAGAAAUACGUUGUCGUGCCUCUGAAAUUGCGCCUUGUCGCUCUUGUUGCCCUUCUCCGUUUCCUCCUUUCCAAGUCGUCCAAACGGCCCGGGGAGUCUAAAAUCAUAGUGUUCCUCAGCUGCACCGACUCAGUUGAUUUUCACUGGCAAAUAUUAGGAGGUACCGCAAUGAACGAGAGCAAUAACGAGCAAAGCGACGGCGAAUCUGAUGAUGACGAUGAAUCUGGUGAUGAGGAGGCCAAACCUAGGAAGGAGAAGGUUUCACUUCAGUCUCCUCUGUUGCCAGACGCUUCUAUCUAUCGAUUGCACGGUUCCUUGCCAACUCCCACUCGACUUGCCUCUCUGCGAGCAUUUUCGGCGGUCGGCAAAGGUCAGAAUGUGACGUCGUCCAUCCUGCUGUGCACAUCAGUUGCUUCUCGUGGUCUUGAUCUUCCCCUAGUUCGUGCCGUCGUUCAAUAUGACCUGCCGACCGAAGGAGGAGCCACGGAGUAUGUCCAUCGAGUAGGUCGAACUGCUCGUGCAGGGAAGGGUGGUGAAGCCUGGAGUAUCGUUUCUCCAAGUGAAGCUGAGUGGGCGAAGUGGGUGGUCACAAAGAUGCAUGGAACCACCGAAGAAAGCGAGAACAAGUCCAUCCGUAUCACCCCAAUCUCAGUUGAGAAUGUCCUAAGAGACGGCUUUGGAGGCAAGAGCAAAGAGUAUGAAGACAGAGCAACGGAGGUCCAACUUGCGUUCGAACGCUGGGUUUUGCGACGGAAAGAGCAUGGCGAGCUCGCGAGAAAGGCAUAUCUGUCUCAUAUGAGGGCUUACUCAACGCAUCCCACGAACGAAAAACAUAUCUUCCACAUCCGACAUCUUCAUCUCGGGCAUUUAGCCAAAUCAUUCGCUCUGCGUGAUGCACCGAAUGCAGUCGCCGGGAAAACAAACAAGAGCAAGAAUAAUAGCGCGUCUAAGUCCAAGUCUGCUCCGUCUCCUUCUAAACAAGCGGCAAAGAUCGGUACCCAGGCCAAACCGACGAAGUGGGAAAUCGAUCACAGCGGCGACGCAGAGAAACGGAUGCAGACUGCUGUUCGGGCCCAAGGUCGGUUGCUAAAGCAAAAGGGCGUCAUGAUGAGUAGUGGUGUUUCUGAGUUCCAGAUUCCUGGGGGGACAGAUCUGGUGAAGCUCGUACAAGGAGCCCGAUAA